CGGCACCAAUUACACGAGCGCGAGCUCGCUGACAGGAGCGUGCGCGCGCCUGCGUUCCUAGCACCCAACUGACGUGAGUGUGCAGCCUGCAGAGAGGCUUAGUCCUGUCCGAUAAGUCAGCUCAGACUGUUACCGGCAGCAGCUCUUCUGCAGCUCACCUGGAACCGAAAGCAAAAGAGCUCCGGCUGAGAGCCUCAGCAGAGUUCUCUGCCAUGUAGACUCCGUCAGCCCCCACAGCUGUUUGUCUGCCUCGUAUCCUGUACAUUGUGGUCAUCAAAACAAUUUAAAAUUCGAAGUGGAAUGGAGUCUACCAGAGAACCGAGAGGCUAAAGAUCGUGCAAAGCGAAGUGAAUGAUGGGGGAUCUGCCUGUGAGAAGAGAAAGAUCUGGUGCCCCAGGCGAUCAAGAGGUGGACUCUCCAUUCUAGGAUGGUCAGAGACAGUCUGAACAGAACAGCAGUCCAAAGUGAAAAACAGAGCCAAUCAGCCGAGACAGAGAGCCAAACUCAAACCCCUGGAGACACAGCAGAGCCUAAACAAUCACAGAGCCCAGGGAAAGUUCAGCCAGAGAGCCAAGAGACCCCGGAGGAGCUGGAGGAGCAGCUCGAUUUACUGCUCCGGAAAAAAUUCAGCUUUGAGGACGACCCUGAAUCCUGGAGCCUGGCCGAGACUGGAGCUGAUGCCGACUGCUUGCCGACACACCUCCGUUCAUUCAGCAGCCAAGCUGAAUAUAAUCUAGUGAAACACACAUAUCAGCAGCUCCAGCACAGUGGCUAUUACUGGGGACCAAUGACCAUGGAGGAAGCCCACUCGAUACUCAAACAUGUUCCCAUUGGAACUUUCCUCAUCAGGGACAGUGGCCAACCAGAUGUUUUCUUCACUCUGAGCUAUCAGAGUGACGACGGCCCGACUAGCGUCCGCGUCCAGCUGAUCAACCUUCUCUUUAAUCUGUACGGCAGCAGCAGGACUUUCGCCUCACUUUUCGCUCUGCUGGCGUAUUACACCAGCUCAGCGUGUAAACUGACCGAGCCUUACCGCAAGAAGCGGCCGGAAUACCUGAAGCAGAUGUGUAGGAGAGCUUUCAUCCGCGCGUUUGGAGCGGAAGGUGUUAGCACCUUGUCUGGACUCAGCACUCAGGUUAAAUCCUACAUUAAUGCUUACCCUUAUCGUAUAUAGACACAUUUGUCUGUUGCUUUAUUGAGAUCGUACUUGUAUUCAGUUUCACAGGUUAUGUGUUUGAGCUUUGUAAAGGACACCCGCUUUUGUAUGAUAUGCCAAAUAUACAUUAUGAUGAGUAUGUCAUCCGCAGACUGUCUAAGAUUAUUGUUAUUGUUAUUAUACAUGAUCAAAAUGUACACAGCUUGAAAACAGACCCUGAACUGGCAACCGACUGUUGCCAGUUCAGGGUCACGUUCUGUUUUUUCAUGAAUAAUUGCCCCUUUGUACAUGUUAACUUAAAAAGUGAGUGAGUUGGGUUUGCUUAUGGCUUAUGACUCUGAAACAUCCAACAAUAUCUUCAGAACCCUCAGAGGUUACUUAAUUGAGUGUUAGUUUUUUUUCACUCUUAGUAUUUAUAGAACUUGUGAUUGAGGUAAAAUCUAUUUGAUAGCUAAUUGGUACUUGUUUAUGCAUACAUGGAUACUGACGACAUCUGUUGGUAUGUGACAUGCUAGUUAUAUAGAAUUGUUUUACCUUGAUGAAAAGAUUUUGUAUUCUAGAUAGAAUACAUCUCUAAGCCUUCAUGACUGACGAGUAAAGAGCGUAGCAGUCCACCCUCACACUCCAAGGAUCCAGAAAGCAGCUAAGUUUAUCAGAAGGCAGAAUACAAUCAUGUGUUUUUUAUUUCAACCCUGCUGAAAUAUAUUGUUGGUCCAUCUCUAGAUCACAAAUUUCAUCAAACACAUAAAAGAUCUUACCCUCUAGUUUCUUUCUCGAGUUCCUUCAUGAAGUCUAACAUGACAAGAGGUGAAUGAAUUUCAUUGAUGUUCCCCUUAAACCUUAUCCAUCAAAUGGGAGAUUUAUUUAUUGAAUUAGCAUUGUGUGAUAUUGGAAAUAAAAAAAAUAUUACAAAUGAAAUAAGGAAGUGGUUCUAUUUUGUUAAAGAUUUCCUUACAAUAACCCUUCUUUCUCUAACUUCAGCCGUUGCUUUGCUGGAUGGUACUUGGAAUGCAUAUCCAAUCUGGCAUGACUAAAACCUUUUUUUUAAAUGUUGGGAUAAUGUAAAUCUUUAAAGUCUGUUUCAAAAUGCUAUGAUGCUGGAUACAAUGUAAGUUGAAAAUAGAAUAAAUAUUUAAUUAUCUGCAGAUAG